GUGCUGCUUUGGUUAGCUGACAGCAGAGUGUUCUGACAGGAAGCUCUGUGGGUUGUGCUGAUGGUGGUGAGGAGGCCCGGGCUCAGCUGGCUCCUCUCUCAAAGACCACUUACUUACACUGACUGACCACAGAGACAUACCAGUGGGGGGAGAGCAUGUUUGGUGUUCUCCUUAAGGCCCCCCCCACCCCCACCCUUGCCUGGAAAUGGACACUGCUGGUAUAUUUAUAACCCUUAAGCACAAGCGAGCUCUGUAUCUUAAACACAGUAAGAAGCUGGAGCUCGAAUGUACCGAGUCACGCUGAGAUCCGCUAGAUUCUUCUGGACUGUUGUAUGUGCUCAUCGGAGAAAUACAUAAUUCUGACCACAACCAGAAACUGAGACACCAGAGGAGAGAUGGAAAAGCCGGUCUUGCAGACACAAGCGUCCACCCUGCCUUUCUUCGAUACGGCCCAUGCCUUCAACCUGCUGCGGGGGAUCCAUGAACUCCGUGCAGAGCGUAAGUUUUUCGAUGUGACUUUGUGUGCCGAGGGCCGCGAGUUCCACUGCCACCGCACAGUGUUGGCCGCUGCCAGCACAUACUUCCGGGCCAUGUUUGCAGGAACUUUGAGGGAGAGCGUUAUGGACCGAGUAGUUCUACACGAAGUGUCGGCCGAGCUUUUAGGCCUGCUGGUGGACUUCUGCUACACCGGGCGGGUCACAGUCACCCAGGAGAAUGUGGACGUCCUGCUCAAGACGGCAGAUCUGUUUCAGUUCCCCUCUGUCAAAGAGGCCUGCUGUGCUUUCCUGGAGCAGCGCCUGGACGUUUCCAACUGCUUAGAGAUCCAGGACUUUGCCGAGGCCUACGCUUGCCGCGAGCUGGCGACCAGUGCUCGCCGCUUUGUCCUCAAAAACAUAAUGGAGCUGGCCAAAGCAAAGGACUUUGAGCGGUUGCCGUGGAAGCGCCUCUUUGAGUUUCUGUCAGAUGACGAGCUCUGCGUGGACAAAGAGGAGGCAGUUUAUCAGAUCGCCGUGCACUGGGUGAAGGCUGACCUCAAGCGAAGGCUUCACUACUGGCCCGAGCUUCUACAGCAGGUCCGACUCCCCUUCGUCCGGAGGUUCUUUCUGUUGGCCCACGUGGAGAGCGACCCGCUGGUCUACCUGUCGCCAACCUGCCUCCGUAUGGUGAACGAGGCCCGUAGCUUCCAGUCCUGCGAGUACGACCGCCACGACAGGCCCUGCCACCGAAUGCGGCCGCGGCCGUCCACGGGACUGGCCGAGAUCCUGGUGGUGGUAGGAGGCUGCGACCAGGAUUGCGAUGAGCUGGUCACAGUGGACUGUUACAACCCCCAGACCGGACAGUGGCGCUACCUGGCUGAGUUCCCCGACCACCUUGGGGGGGGCUACAGCAUAGCUGCCCUCGGAAACGAUAUGUAUGUCACAGGUGGCUCCGAUGGCUCCCGCCUCUACGACGGCGUGUGGCGCUACAAGUCAAGCGUAAACGAGUGGACAGAGGCGGCGCCCAUGCUAAAGGCCCGGGAGUACCAUAGCUCCAGUGUGCUGAAAGGUCAACUCUAUGUGGUUGCGUCGGACAGCACGGAGCGCUACGAUCAGGCUCUGGACUGCUGGGAGGCCUUGGCGCCAAUGCUGCACGCCAUGGACAACUGCUCGGUCACCACGUGCGGCGGACGCCUGUAUGCCAUAGGCUCCCUGACCGGGGAGGACACCAUGGCCAUCCAGUGCUACGAUGCAGACUCUAACCACUGGUCCAUGGUCAGUUGUGGAGAGCUGCCGCCGUGGUCCUUCACACCCAAAACUGUGACCCUCAAAAGCCUCAUCUACUUCAUCAGGGAUGACUCCGCCGAGGUGGACGUUUAUAAUCCUCAAAAGAACGAGUGGGACAAAAUUAGUCCGAUGACCCAGGUCCACGUUGGAGGCAGCGUGGCAGCCCUGGGCGGUAAAUUAUAUGUAUCCGGUGGGUAUGACAACACGUUUGAGCUGUCGGAUGUGGUGGAGGCGUACGACCCGACCACCCGCUCGUGGACUCUUGCUGGACGACUGCCUCAGCCCACGUUCUGGCACGGCAGCGUCAGCAUAUUCCGCCAGUUCAUGCCGCAGGUGUCCAGCGCAUUCGAACCUACCGACAUACCCGAGUCAAACGCCAUCCACCUGCACCGGCACCAGCGCUCACAAGCGCUGCACAAUCUCAACAACAAUCUCAUCCCAAACCAGAACCAGGACGUGAACCCAGCACACUGAGUUUGGACCCAGAAACCCACGUUAACGUUUUCAGUGCGUUCUCCCUCAUUGUCUGUUAACUAGCUGAAUUACAGAGAGACCUGGUGUUUCUUAGCCCCGUUUGGUCUGCCUUCAAAUUAAAGGUCCAAACAGUUAGAGUUCGUUAACACUAGAUCAGGUGGUCCGGCGAUUCGCAGCAGGAGUGCGCGGUGGUGGGAGUUUCACUUAAAAGGCCCAUUUGUGUGACAUCCUGUUGUGUUCUUUAACCCACCAAUGUAGCACGGGUAGACUUUAUAUUUCACAAUGUUUGUUUUCCACCACAAUGCUUUUAAAUCUUGACAUUGCCGACCGUACAUGAAGGCAGCUUAUUUCACGGAGAAAGAGGGAGAAAAGAGACGGAGCCGCUGUGCUUUGUGCUGCAAACAGUCAGCUGUUACACAAACUCCUAGGCACUUAAGUGCUUGUGUUUAGUUUUUAACCUUGAUGGGAUUUUUCCUGGGUUUUCAAAGUGUCAAUGACGGCAAAUGCCCUUGUGCAUAUAGGUGACAUCAUUGCGCAAUCAUUUGCUUAAAUCUUAGUGGUUGUUGGUUGAAGCGAGUGAUACGGCACUAAUUAAUUUUAAACUUAACAGUGGCCAUUUUGAGACAGUCUCUACUGGAAGGCAUUCAUGGUGUUGCAAUUGUGCUGACGUGAAAAGCAACAGAAAUAGUUGAUGUGUGAAGAAUAAAAAAUAGGGCGACCCUGGCUCUUUACUCACCUCCACCAAUCUUAACCAUUACGGCCUGAAGUGAGUGUGUGUGUGAAUGUCAGAUCGUCGGUUACAGAAAUUCUGCAAAGCAUACUGGCAGCCUCAUCCUAAACGUCUUUUUUUCCUCUAACACCA